AAGAUCACUACCGAAUUCUUGGGAGAACAUGAGCCAGAAUUUGACGCAUAACGAGAAUAUCAAAGACUUUGAUGAUGUCUCGCGUCAUUUGGAAUUGGAGGCUGAGCGCCUAGAGGCUACUAAGCCCAAUCAUACGGCCUAUGUGGCUAAUGCUGGUUCGCGCAAGGCAUCAAGGCCUAAGUGCAAAAAGUCCAAGAAUGGAGUGGCUGCUGGACAUAUUAAAAAAGUGUCAGGAACUUCUCAGCGCACCAAGAGGGGCAAGCGCGGGAAAAACAAGUCAAAAUUAGAGUGCUUCAACUGCAGAAAAAUUGGCCACUUCGCUCGUGACUGCACUGAGCCGAAGAAGGAGCGACCGAGCACAUAGCGCGAGAUAGAGUCGGAUUUGUGGAGUAUAGCUGGAUUCCAACUGGGAGCCGUGAUAUCAAGGUGGGGAAUGGAGCUAGCGUGGAGGUACUGGGACUUGGUACCUACAAGCUGGACUUGCGGGGUGGCC